AUGGACGAGGAGAAACCACCUGACCCUCCUGAUAAAUCCCCACAAUAUGAAACCGAAUCAAUCCUCACGAUUAUCCUUCCUCCCAACACCCCGGAAUCUGAAACAAUGGAGUUAGAAACCGCGAACAGCAGGAAACGACAUGCCGGCUCCCCACCUAUCUCCCAGAAUAAUCCCCCAAAAUUGGCAAAAAGUACGCACGGUAGACAGUGCUACACGGCCAGGGAUAACCCCCCAUAUAUAGUUUAUGUAUCCCUUAAGGAUUCCCAGACGUCUGGAACCACGCUACACCCUGUUAAGUUUGGGAUGUUUUUAAUGAAACACAACAUUAACAAUGUUAAAAUUGGUGGUGUCAAACGGCUGGGUAGGAAUAGAGUAUCGGUCGAGUUUGUGUCUCACCAGGAUGCAAACAGUUUCUUAGUGAACGGUAUGGUGGCUCAAAACUACGUGACCUCGAUCCCACAGUUUAACAUAACUCGUAUGGGCAUUGUAAGGGACGUCCCUGUCGAGUGGUCAGAGGAUGAAAUAAUUGGUAAUAUCAGGGUUCCCGCCGGGUGUGGGGCUGUGAUAAAAGCUAGGAGGAUGAAUAGAAGAGUUACAUCUACAAAUGGUACUGAAUGGAAGCCUACGCAAACUGUAGUGCUAACUUUCGAUGGUCAAACCCUACCCAAAAAGGUGUUCUGUUUUUAUUCAGCACUGCCGGUGGAAUUGUACUCAUACCCUACCAUACAGUGUUAUAAUUGUUGUCGUUUUGGGCACACCCGCACCCUUUGCCGCUCCAAGCCACGUUGUUUCAGAUGUGGCCAGGAUCAUCCAGGCGAUGGAUGUCAGAUUUCAGCCGAGACUGCCCAUUGUAUCAACUGCAAUGGCAAUCACUUUGCUAACGACAAAGCUUGUCCUGAGUUGGGUCGCCAGAAGAGCAUCAAAGCAUUGAUGGCGGAAAAAUCAAUCUCAUAUACGGAAGCAAGCCAAGUUUUCCCAACUGUUAAAAGGUCUUAUGCUGAGGUCUCAAGAUCAGCCAACCUUAUAGUUUCAUCUCCCAACAAAACUCCAUCCCAACAAAGAGUGUCUACAAGAAAACAGUCCAACUCAAGCCUAAAUCACAUGCGCCCCUCUCUCCUAGCUAUGAUAAGAAGGCCCAUCGGGCCCUUAUCCAAGACUACUCUUUCUCCCGUCUAA